CAUGGACUCGGCAGAGCAGGCUGCACUGUCUCAGAAGCUGGACUCGGCGUCGGCUGUCCGCUACUACAACGCUCGGCGUCUCAACGAAUAUGGUCCGGACGGCCGCCUGCAAGAUGGCUCGAAGGAGAUGAGCCUAACGCAGAGCAAGCACUUCGACCAGCUGGCCGUGAACAUUAGCCUGAGCUCCGUCCUGCUGCCACCGGAAGUACGCGACUCAGGUGACUGUUUGCACCCAGAAGUACUGAACGCCAUCAAGUGGUCGGAACACCUGGACCCACUGUUCAUCAACAACUACGAGAUGGACCCCUCGCUCUCUUGGCAGUACUUCGGCAGCUCUACGGGCUUCCUCAGGAGGUACCCCGCGAUCAAAUGGCCUCCUGACGAUUCGUCAGCAAGGAGUGGGCAGGAGCUGUACGAUUUCCGCACCAGCUCGUGGUAUAUAGACUCUGCAACGAGCCCAAAGGAUGUGGUGAUCUUACUCGACAGCUCGGGAUCGAUGACCGGCCAGCGCAGGGAAAUAGCAAAGAGUGUCGUCAAUGCCAUCCUGGAUACGCUCGGCAAUAACGACUUUCUGAACGUGUUCAGGUUCUCUGACACAACGGAUCCACUGGUGCCAUGUUUCAAAGACAUGCUUGUCCAGGCAAACAUGGAAAACAUAAGGGAAAUGAGAAAUUACUUGGACACAACAAGGGCAGAAAAUAUAGCGAACUUCUCAUCGGCACUCAUCACGGCCUUCGAAAUAUUACAUAAGUACAAUCGUACAGGGCAGGGCUGCCAAUGUAAUCAAGCCAUCAUGCUCAUCACAGAUGGUCCACCAUAUGACUACCAUGAGAUCUUCAAGCAGUACAAUUUGCCACACACUCCUGUCCGGGUGUUCACGUACCUUAUUGGGCGCGACUCAUCAAAUGCAGAAGAGAUGAACAGGAUUGCCUGCACCAAUAAAGGGUACUAUGUCCGUGUGAGCAGCACCUCGGAAGUAACAGAGAAAGUGCUGAACUAUGUAUCAGUGAUGGCUCGCCCUAUGGUCAUGUAUCAAAAUGAUCACCCCAUCCAGUGGACACCUGUCUAUGCUGGAGGAAAGGGCAACAACCUUCAGAGUAAUGGUGCUGCAAACCUGAACGGUCAGUUGAUGACCUCGGUUUCAACACCAGUCUUCGAUCGAAGAAAUUACUCUGUCAGAGUUGCCAACCUGCUUGGUGUGGUUGGUACCGAUGUUCCUAUACAGCAGAUCCAGAAAUUGGUCCAACCAUACAAGCUUGGGGUGAAUGGUUAUUCAUUUAUUAUAAACAACAAUGGCCACAUUCUUUAUCACCCGGACCUCCGUCCACUGAUAAGAAACUGGAAUGGUCAAUUCCAGGAGACACUCAAGCCUAACUAUAACAGUGUGGAUCUGACAGAGGUGGAACUGGUGGACAUGGAUGGAGGUCCGAGAGAGAACAACUCCCUCCUGCUAGAUCUACGACAUGAUAUGAUAGAUCAAAAGGAGGGAGAAACUGAACUCAGUGUGAAAACUCACUAUGAUGAUAUGAAAAGAGUGACGACUCGAAGACACAAGUACUUCUACAAUGCAAUAGAAGGAACACCAUUCUCUCUGGGUCUUGCUAUACCUGAGGGCUAUGGCAUGUAUGAAGUACUGGGGGAGAGGGAAAUAAAACACAGCCACACGAAUGCCAGCGACACUAUUCCUGUUACUGAGUAUUUCAAAGGCUCUAACUGGAAAGUUCACCCAGAUUGGGUUUACUGUGAAUACAACUCGAUGUCUGAGCACAAUUUCAAAACACCCGAAGAGCAGGUACUGUGGUUCUUAUCGAAGACUGGCAAACCUGGUUGGAAAUGGAUGUCACUGCGGCCACGCUCCCCACUAAAGGAUGGGGCACACAACAUUAAAAAAAUGGAGAAGGACUCUUACUUCUGUGACAAGUCACUCGUGCAGUCGCUAGUGUUUGAUGCGUUGGUUACAGAAGGUCUGGAGAGUUACGUGCCGUCAACAGUGAAGGAGGACAAGAACCCAUUAGCCAUGCUGAUGGCACUGUUACACAGACAAGGCUACCAAAUGUUCGGAGUGACUCUGUCAUUCAUAGCGACGCGCAGUGGGCUUCUGAGGUGGCAGGAUCACGUCCAGCACACAGUCGGAGAAAGUGGGCAAUCAGCACCACACUUUAGUGAGACAAACCUGCGAGCGAUAGAUGAAGUGUGGUACAAGAGGGCUGUGGACCAGUAUGCUGUUGAGUCCAAGAGCUUCGUAUACUCAGUGCCAUUUGAUGCCGCAUCAAGCAGCAGGCCCUCAGUUACUGCCACGCACGCUGUGUUCGUGGAGCACAAGGGUCAUCAGGCACCAGCAGCAGUGGUUGGACUCCAGUUCCAGCAUGCCACACUCAUGGCCCACUUCCUCAACAUUACUUCCACAUGUUCAGGCUGCAAGAAGACGUGCGCGUCCGAGGAACUGGAUUGCUAUGUGUUGGACAACAAUGGAUUCAUCAUCCUGUCAGAGACUGCAUAUCAUACAGGAAAGUUCUUUGGCCAGAUUGACGGAACCAUCAUGGACUCACUGGUCCAGGAUCGCAUUUACAAGAAAGUAGCUGUGUAUGACUACCAGGGGGCCUGCCUCGACCAGAAAUCUCCAUAUAGUGAUGAUGCCACUCGACUCUCUCCAUUGCAGCCAUUCAGAUGGCUCCUACAUUGGGCAUUCAGCCGCGCGGUGUGGCUUGCCAUGCAACUAAACCUGUCCCCCAGCUGGGUUCUGGCCAAUGAUGACGGUGCAGCAGUCUAUUCGGAUGACUAUGAAACCAACAACUUUGAUCAGUAUUCAACACGAGAUGACGGUCGGAUACCAGACGGUGGUAGCACUUCAGAGACGCAGAUGAAACAGCAGCCUUCUGCCAGCGCACCGACGUCAGCAUCCGCGAACAACAGGACAGUGCCUCGGCCGUGUGACAAGCGUGUUGAUCUGUACAUCCUGCAGCCAGACCGCCUCAACACCAGCGGACAGUCAAACCCUCUCAAGGGCAAGCUGACAAACUGCCACAUCACAGGGUGUGAGAGGCCAUUCAGCGUUCAGAAAAUUCCGUGCAGCAACCUGAUUCUCCUGGUGGUAGACACGCUCUGUCCUUGUGGCAGCAAACAGCUGAGCAUUACACCGCAGGAAGUGAGCUAUGAUUCAGUGCAGGGUAUGGCAGUAACCACACAGUGUCGCAUCAAACCACAGGAGAUGAUGUACAGGCGACGGCCACCUAAGUGCAUGAACUACCACCCAGAGGAAAGCGAGAUUAAGUUGUGUGGCAACUGUGGAAGAGCCUACCUCUCUGCAUCGGUGUUUGUGUUCUGUUUACUAGUGUGGAUCUUUAGUGACAUAAUAGUGCGGCAUUGGUCAUGAUCAUUCAGCCCCGUAAGUGCACAUCCCACCCCCUAACACUGCAAUCACACAAAUCUAAAUAAUAUCAUCAAUUGCACGCACACACUAACACACGGUAGACCAGAACGUGCACAGGAGGAUGAUGCGUCGCUGUGGCAAUGAUCUUCCUUUGCAGGUUUGGUUGCACUUGCUGUUUGUGCCAGUCGCAGGGUCAUUUAGCAUUGUUUUAAAUGACAAUAAUAGUGAUUGAGGCACAGAAUUUGGAUUGUUGUAACGAUUUGUAUGUUUUUUUUUCCUCAUUCCUCAUUUCAUUUUCUUCACAAUUUUUCUCUUUGUUCUUCUUUCUGUCUUUUUACCUUAUUCUUUCCUAGUUCUUUCCCUUCAUCCCACCCUCUAGCUUUCUUUCAUUCCUUUCUUUACAUCAUGUUACUGUACUUACAUAACCUUACAAUCACAGAUGCAUCUUAGUAACAAUAUGUCCUCUAGUACCACAUUAGCAAUCUUAUCCUCAGUGAUGUGUCUGAACAAUCACUUGUUGAUUGAAUGGCAAAGACAGAAGUUUGCUGUGGUUUUACUCAGCCCCUCCAGCCAAGUUCUGGGAUAGUAAUUUAAAUUAGGCCACAAUCAUUUUCUUUCAUAUCCUUUCCAACUCAUUGUUCAUUAAUCUUCCCAUAAUUUGAUGUUAUAUAGUCUGAGCUGCUUAAAACAUUGGUAAAUAAGUUGCAGAUAAAUAAUAAAUACUUGAUUUAGAGCUUUCCACCAACGCUUCAUGCCAAUUUAUCACAAUGAAUAUUUAAAAAAUUAUAGAAAUAAUUUUCUGCUCUAUCUGUAGUGUGAUUGGCUUUGCAACAGAACGUUUAUACUAAUGCAGCAUGACCCAUCAGAAUUGACAGGAAUUAAGCUAUUUUGUAUUGAAAAGUAAUAUGAUUUAUUGCAGCAUCAUCUUUGAAAAUAGCAUUGAAAGUAAGAAAUUUAUAAAAUUUCUUUAUAAAGUAAAUUAAGGUGAAAACAUCUUCAUUCUUGACUGAAGACAGAUUCCUGCCAAACACACUAACACAAAACUGACCGCCUGACUCCAGACUCAGAAUUCGCACCAAAUACAGAUGUCACCAUAACCUCAUUUGUGUUUCUUUUUACCAGAGGCACCACAUUUCUUCCACAUCACAUGAAUUGUGCACUCAUGCAGUCAUGUCUGAUAGACAUCUGCUAUUUUAUUAGGUGAAAUAUAAAAGAUUGCAGGGAAUUUGUUUGGCAUUUAUUUUCCAUUCCUGUUAGAUAGUGUACAGAGUGGUGGUGGGAUGCUCUCUUUUCAUUACAGUCCAAAUGUUUUCUGAUAGAAAGAGUUAUCACAGAGCCACAGUUUCAUCUGUGUACUUUGUGUCUUCCUUUCCAAUCAUUCCUCGUUCUGUAAUUUUCUAAUUAAAAUUUUUAAAACUCAGUAUGUAUAUUGAGUGGCACAAAGAAUGUUAUUUUUAAAAAUGAUGGUAAAGAUAAAGAGUUAUAUGGAUUUGAAUGAAACAUAUAAGUUGUGUAAAGAAUAUCAAAGUUUGUGUACAUAAAGGUUUAUUCAGUUCAAAGUUCUUUCAAAUCUAUGUGUCUUUCAUUUCUGCUACCCAUUUUUGAAAACAUCUUCUUUUUGUUCGUGCCAUUCUAUAUAUUCUGGUUGUACGUAUGCAUAUUCUGCCAGGAUUAGUUAUAUUGUUGCACAGUUAUGUGAGAGAUGACAUUGGUAUUUAAUUCAUUGUUAAAACCAGCUGCUGCACAAACAUUAUCCUCGCUCACAUUUUCAAUAGCGCUUAGAAUGUUGCAAUUUAUGAUUCAUUCUACUUAAAUUCUUACGCGUAACUUGUUUUGUUCAUUAUUUUUUUGAAGCCUCCGCAUUACAAAAUGCCAAGUUUGCAGAAGCCUUGUUGUAUAACCUUACUUUUACCUGUUUUGCGAAAAUUCUACAGAUGGCAAUGCAAUUUUCUCAGCUUUGUAUUUGAAACUAUAAUAUGUCACUUGGCUGUGCAUUUAAAUUCUAAGUCCUAAAGUUGUCUGGAACACAGAGUUGCUAAAAAUCAAUUAACCUAAAUAAAAGUUUGCUCAUGAAAUGCAACACUCUGAACACACCACAUGCUGGUGACACAUUAUAACUGUGAAGUUAAAAUGCACUGUCAUUGAAGAGUUUCAUUCAAACUUAUCAGCAUAAGUCCCUGCAAAUUUAAGUUUAUAUGAAUACUUUGUAUAGACUUCUCUUGUAACAGUGUAACAUAUAGAGUGUCGAGUGACAUUAGGUAAAUGUUUCAGGAUCUUAUUUGUGGGGUCAUUCCCAGUCAGAAAUGUCAUAUACACAUAAGUCCAAUUCUCACUGCUUAUGGAGCUGUGGAUAUAAAUUGAAGAUGAUUUGAAUGACACAAAACAUGAUUACAGAUGCACUUACAGUAUAAUGGGACACCACACAUUUCAGUCAACAUGUGACAGAGUACAUGAAUGAAGAGAUCUCUAACUGAUGGAUUGGUUGUGGUGGUCCUCAGAAUUGGUCAUCGAAAUCACCAGACCUUAGUCCCCCUAGAUUUCCAUGUAUGUGAUUGCAUGAAAAAACAUGGCAUAUGAACACAAGGUAAACAGAAGAGAGGAGCUACAGCAUCAAAUUUUUUAUGAUGCAAGUUGCGUGAGAAAUCCGGAUGUUCUACAUGACCUUCUCAUCAUCUUGAAUUUCAGUUACCUGUAGCUGUGUAACAAUAGAGAAUCAAUGGAUUGACAUAUUAAAAGGUUGAGUAUUUAUAGUGGUGGCUGAAAAGAAUGAUAUAUAGACAAUAAAACAUUUUUUAACUGAUUGUAUUCUUUAUGGUCACCCUGCGUGAAGCAACAAAACUUGCUUAAUUGUAAACUCGUGUUACUGCAGACACGUUUCACCACUUCGGAAUCUUCCUGUAGGAUUUAUUUCGUUAGAACCCUGAUUAAUUAGUCUUUUCCAUGUAAUUCAAAAGUAAGAAAUGAUGCUGAUAUUUGAAUGGACCUCUUUGAUAGGCUCUGAGAUCAAAUAUGCACCCAGAUCUUCACUUGUUAUGACUGGAAGGUGUCAAACUGUCGACUCUCGGGUCUUAAUGGGUUGAGUUCAUUUUAUGCCGAUCGGGUUGUACGAAUUGGUGAGUGACAUUUCUCAUAGAGUUUGUAGGAAGUUGAGGGAAACCAAUCAACAAUAAUCACAUGAUAUUCAGAAUUAAAUUGAAUUAAACUCAUUUUCCAAUUUUAAUGCAUGUUGGUUUUGGAAAUGAAGAGUAAUUGAUAUUAUGGAAAAAUUAUAAACAGAAGCAAAUGUUAAGAGUGAAAUUUUGUUACAACCUAUGAUACAUAAAUGUGUUGUUACUUUGUUUAGUGUUGCUGUUAACUGCUCUCUGCUCUAGGAGAGUUUGCUAUGUAGAAACCAUAUUAUUCCGAUAGUGAGGUGUUGCAAGAUCUUGACAUAUCCUUGGUUUUCAACCCACAACAUAUUAAUUCUGCUUACAAAAAUGUAGUGGAAGUAAGAAAUAUUGUAAUAUGUAACUUAUAAUGAGAAAUGCCUUUUUUUCCCCCCCAAGAAUCAAUACUUGAAGUUAUACCAUUCCCAUGCUGUUUGAAAAUUGAGGUCUUGUUUAUUUAUGCGUGGUUUGUUUAAUGAUGUCAAGGUCUCAGGCUAAGUAGCGUUGAAUGAUAAAAUGAUUAAUGAAGAAUGAAAUGGAAAGAAUAUGAGUGGAAGUGGUUUUGGCCUAGAUUAAUAUUAGCCAGGUAGUAAGAUUUAUUGCAAAUAAAAUUAUAAACAUGAAAUGUUCUCUACAAAUAAAAUAUGAUUUAAAAAUUCAGACCAGCCUUAUGUAAUGUAUGAUUUAAUGUGAUGCUAACAUGUUAUUACCAUUUUGAUCUGAUUAUAAAAGCAAUCUUGAAAUGAAGCAACUCCUAUAUCACAAACAGUGUGAAAUGAAACAAAUUAGUAAAUUUAAUGUCGCAUAAGAAUUCUAAACCACUUGCCAGAAUUUAAUCUCUGACAUUUGUAAACUGCCUGGAAAUGCCACACCCAGUUACUUGAUAUUGCAGAAACACACCUAGUGAAUUUUUCUGUUUUUGUUCUCAUGGUUUGAGCCACUAUGUGUUGAGACGUAUUAGCUAAUGCUCCAUAUUAAUAAAUCACUGAAAAGUAUGUUUAUGUGAAUUAAAAUCUGUAUAAAUUCUAUUAGCAAAAAAGUUUUGAAAUAAUUACUUACAUAUGUUUUUACCUUUGGUAAUAACCACAAAUAUAUAUGCCUUUUCCAUUUUUAAUCCCUGUACAUUAAUGGUAAUAAUUUACAGUGUAUUGAUUCUUUAGAAAAUAUUUCUAAUACGUACUUUAAAAUACUUGCUUGUUUUAAAUUAGCUGUCUCUGGGUUGAAAGCCAUGUGUUAAAUACAAGGUGAUAAGAAAUAUGUAUACACAUUUUAAACCAAGUUAAGAUAUGUCUCUUUUGACACAAAUAUCUAAUUGAAAUUAUCUAAAGAUGUACUAUGUUAUACUUUGUUGAUGGUUGUAUUGUUAAUGAAUUCUUGUAGUUUUUAAUAUGUAAUACAAACAGGAUGUAUAUUGUACUAAAACAGUCAUGCAAUAAGGCCACAAAUGCAUGUAUACAUACUUUUAUACCAGUUACAAUCUCUUCUUGCUGUUUUGUUGUAUUGUAGAACUUCUUAAUCCUGUCAUAUGCAGAGAGCUGCGUAUACAGGAAUAAUUAAUAUACAUUCAUUUGUUUUGGUAUGUAACUCCACUUAAAGGCAAUGGGGUGAGCCCUGCUUAGCAAUAAGAUCAUCCCUAAAUCCUUAAAAAGUGGAGGUUAUAACAUAUUUUUUCUUAUUGCUGGUUAUAUGAUAUUUGUGAAUAACUCUGACAGCAGAGUCGUUUUUCUGGGUCAGUUGUGAGCAGUGUUGGAAGCGUCAGAUUUGAUAUUCUUACUGAGAGUGUGUGUUGAGGUACUCGAGUUGUUUUGGAGUCGUAACACUGUCAUAAAGACUUGAUGGAUUUGAUUUAACACUGACAUACAAAUUCCCUUCACACCCAGC